GCACAUGAAUUUCCGCUCACUAUCCCCACGCUGUAGCGUUUAUCAAGCUACAUUCAGUGGGCACAAUAUUGUAAGGAAAUUAGCGAAUCCUUUAGCAAAAUGAGGCCUUUAACAGACGACGAGACAAAAACGAUGUUUGAGAAACUCUCCAAAUACAUUGGUGAGAACAUCAAACACCUGGUGGAUCGACCCGAUGGGACAUAUUGCUUCAGACUUCACAAUGACCGUGUAUAUUACAUCAGUGAGACAAUUCUGAAGUUGGCUACCAACAUCUCCCGUGAUAAAUUGGUGUCGGUGGGCACCUGCUUUGGGAAGUUCACCAAGACCAUUAAGUUCCGCCUGCACAUCACAGCACUGGACUUUCUGGCACCAUAUGCCAAGUUCAAGGUGUGGGUUAAGCCCGGGCAGGAGCAGUCCUUCCUCUAUGGGAACCAUGUGUUGAAGUCUGGUCUGGGGAGGAUCACAGAGAACACCAACCAAUACCAGGGUGUGGUGGUGUAUUCCAUGGCAGACGUACCGCUGGGUUUUGGAGUGGCAGCCAAGUCCACCCAGGAGUGCAGAAGAGUGGACCCCUUGUCCAUCGUUGUGUUCCACCAGGCAGACAUCGGAGAGUUCAUCAGGUCUGAGGACACGCUCACAUAAGGAGUCGUCAAACUGGACUAUCAAUUAUACAGUGGUACUUCCUCUCCUCGGGGACCACCCUACAAACUGGACUAUCAAUUAUACAGUGGUACUUCCUCUCCUCGGGGACCACCCUAGAGGGUUGGGAGGUACAGCUAUGUGACACGUCUGAUGGUCCCUGAGAGGUUUGGGGAGACCCUGGUCUUCAGGAUAUGAUUGUGUAUUUCCCUCUAAUUUACCAAGGGGCCAAUGACUGUCUGGAUAGUUUCAUCAGGCUGUCAGCUACCAACAUCCCUGUCACUAUGGCUGAGUGAUUUACAUUCAUCUACCCAACAUCCCUGUCACUAUGGCUGAGUGAUUUACAUUCAUCUACCAACAUCCCUGUCACUAUGGCUGAGUGAUUUACAUUCAUCUACCAACAUCCCUGUCACUAUGGCUGAGUGAUUUACAUUCAUCUACCAACAUCCCUGUCACUAUGGCUGAGUGAUUUACAUUCAUCUACCAACAUCCCUGUCACUAUGGCUGAGUGAUUUACAUUCAUCUACCAACAUCCCUGUCACUAUGGCUGAGUGAUUUACAUUCAUCUACCCAACAUCCCUGUCACUAUGGCUGAGUGAUUUACAUUCAUCUACCCAACAUCCCUGUCGCUAUGGCUGAGUGAUUUACAUUCAGCUACCAACAUCCCUGUCACUAUGGCUGAGUGAUUUACAUUCAUCUACCAACAUCCCUGUCACUAUGGCUGAGUGAUUUACAUUCAUCUACCAACAUCCCUGUCACUAUGGCUGAGUGAUUUACAUUCAUCUACCAACAUCCCUGUCACUAUGGCUGAGUGAUUUACAUUCAGCUACCAACAUCCCUGUCACUAUGGCUGAGUGAUUUACAUUCAGCUACCAACAUCCCUGUCACUAUGGCUUAGUGAUUUACAUUCAUCUACCAACAUCCCUGUCACUAUGGCUGAGUGAUUUACAUUCAUCUACCAACAUCCCUGUCACUAUGGCUGAGUGAUUUACAUUCAGCUACCAACAUCCCUGUCACUAUGGCUGAGUGAUUUACAUUCAUCUACCCAACAUCCCUGUCACUAUGGCUGAGUGAUUUACAUUCAUCUACCAACAUCCCUGUCACUAUGGCUGAGUGAUUUACAUUCAUCUACCAACAUCCCUGUCACUAUGGCUGAGUGAUUUACAUUCAGCUACCCAACAUCCCUGUCACUAUGGCUGAGUGAUUUACAUUCAUCUACCCAACAUCCCUGUCGCUAUGGCUGAGUGAUUUACAUUCAGCUACCAACAUCCCUGUCACUAUGGCUGAGUGAUUUACAUUCAUCUACCAACAUCCCUGUCACUAUGGCUGAGUGAUUUACAUUCA